AGCAGGGCCGGCUACCUUUAUCUCCGAUGGGCCUCUUAUCAUUGCUGGGAGUCACUAAGAAUGGAAACUCAGCUGUCCCCCAGCAGAAUGCGGUGGAAUCGACCCCUCAAGCAAAGAGCACCAUGGACAUCGUGCAGGGAGGGCUGGCGCACAAGGGGGUCGUCACCACGUCAGAUGAAGACUACGACUUCGAGGAUAUCGAGACCACUAAGCUGAGACAUGGAAUCCAGCCAAGACAGCAGAAGAAGCAAGUCGUGAAGCAUUCAUGGGGAGAAAUCGCGUUAGGAACGGCACAAUCGUGUGCAGUGAUGGGGUGCUUCGGUGCUCUCAUGGGUCUCUCGGUCGGGGCCAUCACUGGCCCCAUCUUCGCUCCUCCUGGUCACCGACUUCCAGUAACCAUCGCGUUGAUGAAGAGACAGUCAGUGUGGUUCGGCGUGAUCUUCGGAGGAGGAGGAGGCAUAGUCAGUGCUGUGCGCAAAUAUGCUUGAGCAGCUACCAGCUCUACCUCGCGUCACCUCCACCUGAGGCACUCGACAGAGUGUCCACAACUGCGCAAGCUGAACAAUGAAAGUCUGUUUGAACUUGAA